CGACUGAUGCAAGCGCAAACAUGCCUGAAAAUUGACCUCCGGAAUACACAUUUCAGAUGGAGUUGGUGGUACACUUCACUUCAGUAGAUUGUGGUCCUCCACUGCAUCUACAUUUCUGUUAGCAUACAUUCACAUUCACAAUAGGAUGGGCAGAACUGAGUUCCACUGGAAGAGAUACAGUGGAAUUCAGAGCCCGGAGAAGAGGUACAGAUGGUCCCCAACAAACCUCCACUAAUAGUGAUUGUUCCCGACUUCCUACAGAGCCGAGGGAAUAUAUCCUCGAGUACAGUAUAGAGCUUGAGCACGUGACGUCACCGUUUUAACGGCGCCAUAUUCAAAAAGAGCUGCUCGACAGUGUGGGGGACAUUGAACCGGAGGAGAAUGUUCACAAUGCCCGAGACUUGUUAUGCUUUUGGUUGUUACAACAGACAGGACAGAUAUUCAAAGAGAUAAUUCAAUGGAAUACCAGAUGAAAAGACCAGAAAAGGUGGAUGGAUUUCAGCAUAUAAACGUGAUGGAUGGUGCCCAACCAAAAAACACACACCUGUGUCGCGAUCAAUUCAUUUCAGGCAGAGUUGGAGCUCCAGUAGGAGGGCAUGGCCGGACCUCCAGAGACCUCCGUAUUUAUGUGACAUAGUAAAAAGGCUGCAACACGUUGCAGUACAGCUGCAGAAGUUUCCAACGUGCAACUCUCAUCCCCCUAUUGGGACCCGGGAAGGGAUGACUGCCGGAACCUGGCCAAGGAGCUGAUGCCCGUGCCAAAAGAGCUGGGGCGGCCGCCACCUGUGCCCAUUAGCCCGCGUGGUGAAAACUGCACCGGACCCCCAGGGAUCCCGCCAGAUAAGAACAAAGAGAAACAGGAAGCGGGAGGUGAAGGUCAUUUUGAAAGGCAUUACACAAGGAAGUCAAAGAAAGUGGAAAAGAAAUGCACCGGUCGAAGGAGCGAAGUCGCCAUCGUCGGGGGCCGGAACAUCAACGUUGUGGUUGGUGUGUUUACCAUGACAGCGACCUGGGUUGGCGGAGGUUAUAUUUUGGGGACCGCUGAGGCUGUUUACUCUCCGGGCCAAGGUCUCGUCUGGGCUUUCGGCCCGGUGACAUAUCUUUUAACCUUUCUUAUUGGAGGAUUGUUUUUUGCGAAACCAAUGAGGUCCAAGCGCUACGUGACCAUGUUGGACCCAUUUGAGAAUCGUUAUGGCCAGUUGUUCACGACAGCAAUCUUACUUCCUUCUUUGAUCAGUGAUAUUUUGUGGGUUGCCUGCAUUCUUGCUGGUCUAGGGGCAACGAUUAGCAUCAUCCUUGAUAUCUCAUCUUCAAUCUCCAUUCUCAUCUCUGCUGCUGUCUCCAUCAUUUAUACAGUUUUAGGAGGCCUCUACGCAGUUGCAUACACUGAUGUCAUCCAACUGUCCUUCAUAUUUAUCAGUCUGUGGCUCUGUGUUCCUUUUUUGGUUCUAAGUCCUGUGGUGAGUGACUUCUCACAAACAGCCCAUUUCAACCAGUCACACAUCCACUCAUGGAUCGGAGGACUGGAGCUGGAGGAUGCAGGAAAAUGGAUAGAUGACUUUUUAGUAAUGGCUUUAGGGGGACUGGCGUGUCAGGCUUUCCACCAGAGGGUCCUUGCAGCAGCCUCCUCAUCGAAGGCUCAGUUUUCGUGCUUUGUUGCUGCUGUUUUUUCUUUUAUUAUGGGAAUCCCCUCAGUAAUCAUUGGAGCUACGGCUGCUUCUGCAGACUGGAACCAGACAGAAUAUGGUCACCCCCCUUAUGAGCGCGGGGACGCAGGGUAUAUCCUACCACUGGCUUUGUCCUACAUCACACCCGCCUGGGUGUCAGUGUUGGGCAUUGGUGCUGUAGCAGCAGCAGUCAUGUCCUCCAUGGACUCGGCCUUGUUGUCAUCGGCGUCCAUGUUCACACAAAAUAUUUACAAGAUGACUUUGAGAAAGCAGGCAUCAGACAGGGAGCUGCAGUGGGUGAUCAGGAUUAGUGUGCUGCUGGUAGGCCUGGCUGGAACCGGUCUGGCCUUUAACAAGCGCAGUAUCUUUGCUCUUUGGCUGCUCUCGACCGACUUACUUUACUGCGUUGUGACCCCACAGCUGGUGUGCGUGGUGCACCUGCGCUCUGCCAAUUGUUACGGCGCCAUCAGCGCCUACGUGAUAGCUUGGUUGCUGCGUAUGCUGAGCGGCGAGCCAGCCCUCGGCAUCCCUCCUGUGCUGCUCUACCCGGGCUGGGGAGAGGAGGAUGGAGUUGUCAAGCAAAACUUUCCCUUUAGGACUAUGAUUGCACUCAUUUGUCUGAUGGCUGUCAUUGUGGUGUCCUACCUGGUCCAGUUGGGCUUCUCUCGCCAGCUAAUUCCUCAGUCCUGGGAUGUGUUGGAUGCAUUCAAAGACGAAAUGGAGACAAAACCUGAAGAGAGACCAAUACCAGUUUUCACUGAGGAAAGGUCUUAUGUCUUGAAUUCGCCUUUAUAGGCUCAAUGUAUUUGGCAAAGCUCAUGUUGGGCUGUAUUAUCCCAUUUUGUGCGUCAAUCUUCUGAUAUUUGCUUGCGAGCUGUUGAGUUGUCCAAAUAUGAAUUGUGACCUCCAACACCCUGCAAAUAUGUGCCCUACCGACCAUGAGGCAAGACUUGGGGAGUCUUCAAUAUCUGGAAAGUGGAGUUUACCUGAGACAUGCGAUUGCUGUAGAAAUCCAUUUUGAAAGUAUGUAGGCUCUUAAAAUGUCAAAUUAACACCCGUCAAGAAUUCGGACAUUAGGCGUCGGCAAUUAGACGUGCGCACUGUUGGUCGAACAGACAUCUUUGAAGGAGUGUGUGUUUUUUACUUCUAUAUUUCUGAAAUACUGUCCAAUAAAUACAAUUUAAUCAGAAUACUAUGCUUAUGAGUGAGUUUGGACCGUCACCGAUCGGAAAAUGUUGAUC